AUGUCCAAGGCGAAGAAAUUUGAAGAAUUGGAAUUGCUCCAAACCCAAUUGAGUGUGUCUCUCGGGUUGGUUCGAUCGACGGUAAACGAAUGGCUGCCUCCUCUGAAACCCGGUGAAGAAGAAGAAGACGUUAGGGAUGACACGGACGAACUAUUGGUAGCUAGAGGAGGUUCUUUGUCUAAUCAAGGUGUAGGUGUUUUGGUUGGUAAGCGCAUCGCCGAGAGCAGAUUAAAACGAAAAUUGACAGCUACACGGACGCAAACCUUGCAUGACAAUCACAAUAGCAAAGAGCCACUGCAGCAAGAUGUCGACGACGAGGAUGAAGAUAGCAAGACAUCAUCUACCGCUUCAAAGCGACAAAGACAAGCUGCAGUAUCAGCAAUGAACUCUCCCUUGUUAACUAAUAUUUCGCAGGAUACCAAAGCCGAGAAUGAAGGUCAAAUAAAGAAUGACAACAAGGAUAUUGAUGGUCAAACUGUAAAUACUGCCAUUAAUGCGGAUGCUGAUGAACAGCAUGAACGGACGAACGAUAACAAUAAUAACAAUGAGCCAAUUGAGAACAAUAGUGAGGCAACAAGUGAUAACACUACUAUCAGAGUCGAUUAUAGAGAAUUGAUGCAGAGAACGUUGAAGUUUUCCACAACUAAAUCGGUAUCGAAAUCUACUUCCAAGCCGUAA